AUGAUUUCUAAAACCUUGAGCGUGCGCAAGAUGCUCUGCAGGAGUAUCUUGAUGAUGUUGGCCAUGGUUGUUGUUGUGGAGGGUUGGGAUAUUGAUGGUCAUGAAGCAGUGGGGAUGGUGGCUAUGUCGGCAUUGGAUAGUAGAGCUUCUAAUCAGUUGAAGAGGCUCCUUCAAGGGAAGGAUGCUGUGGAGGACGCAGGAUGGGCUCAUAAGGCUGAAUCGUCCAUCCCAUGGUCCACGCGACUUCAUUUCUUAUCACAACCCGAACCUUUCUCAAACACUUUGGUGGUCAACGAAAUCACCUGUCCUCAAGGCCAGUGCUUAUUAGAAGCUUUGAAGCUCUUCUACGAUCAAGCUAAGGGGGAUACGUCUAAGGUAGAAAUCUCGCAGAAAGAUAGAUUGAUGAUGUCAUCGGCGAGGUUGCCGGUACAAGUCACAGACGCUGAUGCGGUCCGAUUUCUGAUAAAUUUGAUAGGAGACAUGCAUCAACCACUCCCAUGA